GAGGGCUUUUCAGCCAAUUACAGCAUCCGAACCAGCUCAGACUCAUCUCAGCCGCACCAAGGUGAGUGUAUGUCUCCUUUAGGGAUGGAAAGUGGUGAGAUCACAGAAGACAGGAUAUCUGCAUCAUCACAGUAUAAUCCCAGCUGGUCUCCGCUGCGCUCCAGACUGAAUUUCCCUGACAACGGCUGGACGCCGUCAGAGGAUUCUGCUCGGGAGUGGAUACAGGUGGACUUGGGUUUCCUGCGGUAUGUGACGGCCAUAGGAACACAAGGUGCCAUUUCAAAGGAAACAAAAAAAGCUUACUACGUCAAAACAUACAAGAUCAGUGUGAGCUCAAAUGGAGAGGACUGGAUUACCCUGAAAGACAAAACCAAACAGAUGGUGUUUGAUGGAAAUCAAAAUCCCACAGAUGAGGUACGUGCCAGGCUGCCCAAACCCACCCUCACCCGUUAUCUACGGAUACGACCUCAGACCUGGGAACAGGGCAUCUGCAUGCGUUUCGAGGUGUACGGAUGUAAAAUAUCAGAUGCUCCAUGCUCCAGGAUGCUUGGAAUGGUUUCGGGUCAGAUUUCGGACUCUCAGAUCACAGUGUGGCCAUCGGCAGAGAGGGGCUGGCUUCCAGAACAGGCCCGGCUCCUAACCGGCCGAACGGGCUGGGUGGUCGCUCACCCGCAGAAUCUCGGGAAGAACCAGUCACUGGAGCUGGAUCUAGGGGCCCAGCGGAUGGUAACGGGUUUCAUCCUGCAGGGAGGGAAAUACAGAGAUGUAAAUAUUUUCAUCAAACGCUUCAGAGUUACAUAUAGCACGAAUGGAACGGACUGGAGCCACAUACUAGAGAAGAACAGCAACAAAGUGAAGGUGUUUAUGGGUAAUCAGAACCAUGACACACCAGAAGUACGUACUUUUGAUCCAGUUCUGAUGCGUUUCCUGCGUAUCUACCCUGAGCGUGGCUCUCUUGAAGGCACUGGGUUAAGGCUGGAGGUUUUAGGGUGUGACCUGCAAGAGCCCACAACGCCUCUUCCCCUCACCACCACCAUGGAAACUACAGUAGCUACCGUCAGUAGCGCUCCAGGGAAUAUUCCAAUAACCACCACUAUACCAAUGACAGUGGAGAGUUGCGAUGAUGAUGGCAACUGCCAUAGUGAAGCAAUGACAGACUAUGAUAUAACAGAAACUGCAGUUGCAGAGCCAUUUCUGGAAUUGGAAGCAGUACCUGCAUAUAUCUGGUUUGCCUGUGACUUUGGCUGGGCUGAUAACCCCUCGUACUGUGGAUGGAGCCAAGAUGGAGGUGAAGGAGCCGAAUGGCAUAUAAAUAACAACAGCAAAUACGCUGAUCACAAACUGCCUAAUCUGGACCACACAGGGAUGCCUCACAACUUCAUUUACGCAGGUUCUUGCACAAACACACAGAUAGAGAUCGAGAGAAAAACUGAAACGGAGACAGAUGAAGAACUGGCGAGAAAAGGAAGAGUGGCAAGGCUGGCCAGUUUGCCGGUCACGGCCCCAAAUUCAAACCUGUGCAUGUCAUUCUGGUACCAUUUCACUGAGAAACACAAAGGAACUCUGAACAUCAAGCAGAAGAUAGAGCCAUUAGAGGUGGAGGAGGAGAGAGAGGAUGAUGAAGUUCUGAUCCGCUCUGUGAAUGGCCAGAUGAAAAGCAGAUGGAGGGAAGGAAGAGUUCUGAUUCCCAGUGCCGACACUCCUUAUCAGGUGAUCAUUGAGGCUCAAGUGAAUCCUGCAGAAUCUGGUUACAUCUCACUGGAUGAUAUAAAGAUACUGGAUGAAGUGGAUCCUGAAGAGUGCAAGGACCCAGAUAAUACAGAAGGUGAUGAAGAUGAAGUUGAUGAGAUUGUGAACUGUGAAGGGGCUGACAAUACCUUGUGGAGUUUUGGACGCGGCUCCAUGCUGAAGAGUUUAGACCCCAUCCUGAUCACCAUCAUCGUGAUGAGCGCUGUGGGAGUCCUGCUGGGUGCCGUGUGCGGGGUGCUGUUCUACUGCGCGUGCGCUCACACUACAAACAGGAACCUCUCCGCUCUGGAGAACUACAACUUUGAGCUGGUGGACGGAGUCAAACUUAAGAAAGAAAAACUCGGUGCACAGAAAUCUUACACAGAGGCAUAAGGAAUGCUGGAUGAACCCAGAAAACAGUUGCGGGACAAUGUUGGAGGAACGUUCUUAGAACGUUUGACAUUUCUCAAGGCGGAGACUGAGGUUAUGCUCAGGAUGUGAAGGAAGAGGGACUGGCCUCUAGAAGGCGCCGUGUAUAGAUUGUACAGCCAGACGUGAUUGUCUACUUGUUUGUUUGUUCGUUUGUACAUUUGUUGCUGGUGAUGAGACCAAGACAAAAUGAUGUAUCCUCUCACAAAGUUGGAUUUUUUUUCUACAAGCCCCCUUUGCAGAGCUGUACACAACUGGGUUUUCAAUGUUAUUGUGCUCAUUUAUGCUUGGAGACGUGUUUGUUCAGUUGGUAACUCACUCUUCAUUCCGAUGGUGCCUUUAAACGUUUGUUUGUUGCCUUUUUACAAAUAGGUUCCUCCUUACACAGACAGUCAUUUGCUCUUGAGAACAAACUGUUCACAGAUACAGGCCAAUACAGGUCAGAGCUGCCCAUGUGACAUGUCUGUAAACUUGUGUUGCCAUGGUAUCGAGUGACAUCAUGUUUCAGAAUGGCAUCAUAGUGUCUGCAGACCAUCUGUGAAAAUAGUGUCUUCUAGACUGGACCCCUCCUGAUCAGGAGACGCUGGGGAGAAGCUCACUCUGGGAACGUCUGGGAAUGGAAGCGGAGACAAAGCAAAUGAAGCAUCUGAGAGCGCUAAUGUUGGAGCAUCUCCCCAAGGAAAUGCAUUAUAUUUGAAGCAUGUAACAGGCACAAACUGAUCCAUGCUCUUAAGCAUUGACAGGACAACUUAAGAAAGACGAGGCGACAAGUGCUGACAAAGGCAUCUGGGUCUAUUUCACACACAGCAGGAAAGCAGUUUGUUUUCAGCAGCUUGAAGGAGACACCAGAAACUUUUCUCCCACUCAAAUGAACCAACGUGUCAUUUUGCACUGAGAAUUAUAUUUAAUGAAAGAUUUAGAUAGUAAUAAAAGUGUUAACUACUUUAAAUGGUAAGAGAAGUCCAACUGUCAGUGUAACAGCUCACUUUUUUUAAUGUUAUUUCAAAUGAAAUGGUAUUUUUCUUAAUUGUAAUAGUUGUUUUUGUGUUCUGAGGAACUGAAGUGACACUGAACUGGCUUUUCAUCACAAAAAAACUCAAUUUCACUUGAUGUUAUGAAGUCCGAUCUGUCUGGUGGCUGUUUUGUAUUCACAGUUCUGUGAUGAACAGAAAAAAAAAGAAGACGACUGAAGACUUGUGUCUCUCAGCAUCUGACCAAUUGGAUUUAUGAAUUUCUCAACAACAACAACAACAACAUUCCAAAGAGCGAAACUCGCUGUCAUGCAGUGUCCGUUUCUCUGCCACUAGAUGGUGCUGCUCUAUAAGGUCAUCGCGACUGCUGUUUUAUCUCUCCGUUCCCGAAGCUGAACGUUGCUUUCCCACA